ACUUCCGGUAUACGCUGAGCAGCUCAAUGUUUCGUAAGGUAGACACCGUUACAUUGAGUGAUCAUGGGGUAGUCAAAUAUUUUCAAGGUUGAUUUGCGGUGAAGUGUUAUUGGAAGACGAGCAGUAAGAACAUGAGUUUAACAGCAGCUGUGUGUGGGUGUGUAACCAGGACAACAAUCAGAUGGCAUCAUCCCAAGAUUUAUAGCUGGCCAGCAGUGCUAAUAGUCAGGUAUUCCCAUUAUGAUGUUCUUGGUGUACCUUCAAAUGCCACACAGAAAGAUAUAAAAGCUGCCUUCAUAGAUAAAUCAAAAAAGUACCAUCCUGACAGAAACUCCGAUCCUAAUGCAAAGAAAAUGUUUGCCAAAUGUGCUGAAGCCUAUGAAAUUUUGGGGAAAGAAAAAUUGAGAUCCGAGUACGAUGCUACAUUAAGGGGAACAUCAAACCAUUCUUGGCAGUCGGCAGGAGCAGCCCCAGAUCCAUUCCAAUCUGCAACAGGCUUUAAUCCCAGACAGAAGAGUCGCCCUCGAGGUUCAUACUCUAAUAGGACUGGAUAUGAUAGUUUUGGCUGGAAUCCUUAUGCCUCAUAUGAGGACGUAUAUUUUAGGAAAGGACGUCAUAGAGAAAAACAGUAUUGGAAAAAAGACUAUGACAAAAAGUCAAAAAGCAUUGAUCCAAGAGAGGCUGAAAAGAGAGAGAAACGAAUGUGGCGUUAUAUUGGCAUAAUUUUAGGUGUAUUUGUGACGAUGCAAUUCCUUGUAGAAUCUUCCCGUGCUACUAAGAGAAUUAAGCGACACCGGGAAAUCGAAAAACGCAUUAAGGAAAGGGAAUUUCUAGCAAAAUUAAAGAAGUCAGAUGAAAAAUAGCCUGAAUACUUUGGCUGGAGACAUUUUAGUUGGCAGAUGUGUAAUGUGUAUUCCUUUGGCUUCUACACAAUUAUAAAACGUGGUGAUGAGAGUGUUUAAACAUAGGAACAUAUUUGACCAUAGAUUCUGUGCUCCUUCUUUUCAGACAAACUUUAGAUAUAAUGCUUCAUCUUCUUAUGCCUAUGUACCGUAUGUGUAGAAUCUGUAUUCUUAUGAAUACUUCAAAGUUAACAAUUUACAUGUAACACAUUCUCAGACACAUUACGGCAUCAAUGGAUUUGUGAACCUACAAUAUAUGCAACAUAAAAAAUUAACAAGAACUGCAUUUAAGGGCAGUUAGCUUGUGCCUUAGUUUAGGAAUGACAACCAGAAUUUAGAUACUUAUGCAUAUCAAAAUUGUUUUGUAUGGCUGCAUUGCCCAUCUGUUUAAAAUUUGCUCUAAACUUGUUUGGCUGCUCUCUCAGUUUUCUUAUUACUUUAAACUUUGGUUUUCAUAUGACUUGCUUUCCAGAGAAGCAUUAAUUUUGAGUUCAAAUAGUAGCCCCCUUCUUUUUUUCAGAAUUUCAAUUUUUUCUGGGUAUGUCCUCUUUCAGUAUUGAAUUAUUUAUUUUAUUCUUGUUUUUUUUUUUUUUUUUUUUAAAUAAUUCAUUUUGAUGAAUUUUGAUGUACUUUGCUACAAGAAUGUACUGGAUAAUCUUCCUUUGGCAAAGCACAUACAUAUAUUGUUCAUUGUAUAGCUUUCUUAACAAUACAAUAUGUUGGUUUUAAUUAAGUAAGGAUCAUCAAUUGACUUAAAGACUCUGUGUAUGAAAUGUAAAUUUAUUCCUGAUCAUUCUUGAUUUGCUAACUAAGUUUGAGGGGAAACAUGUUGUUAUAGAUGUAUAAAAAUUGUUAAUUUGUGAUAAAAGCAUCUUGAAGGAACUAUUUAUUAAAAAAUUGAAUUUAAGAAU